AUUUUUUUUUCGACUUGGUUGAAAAUUAUCUCUGAAGUAGAUAAAAAUUGUAGACAUGUAUAAUUAUAAAGAUUUAGUUUUAUUUUUCAGUCAACUUGUUUUAAUUCACGUGACUUUAACGCAAGCCGAAAAAUUAUCAGUUAAGAAAAUAUUGGAGCAUAAUACAACAGUCCAGCCAUAUUAUUUACACACAUUUAGUCAUAACUUGAAGCAACAUAUAGACAAAAGCCUUCCACUGUCACAACCACUGGCAUCCACCACUAUUCAUCCAACAGUCUCUCAACGCGUUCCUUCCACAGUUUAUGCUCACACGUCGAAGGCUACCGCACAGCAAAGUACGGUAAAAAGUUCAAGUGUUGUUCAUAAAAAUAAAUAUCAUGGUGUGAACAUGGAAGCUGGUUUUUUAAAAGAGUUAGAUGAAUUGGAUGAAUACAUGGUCAACAUUUCGAAGUUCGAAUUUGCUUGUGGAACACCAAAACAGCUUACGUAUUGUUCCCAUGUCAACUAUUCUGUACCUGCGACUUUAGAUGCUGCACCAUUCUUUCAAGACAGUAUGGCGGAAGCAGCCGUGGACACACUGAAUAUUCUGACGAAAGGUGCAACCACUACCUGUGAAAACCAAUUAAAAGAAAUCUUUUGCGCAGAAAAGUUCCCAGUGUGUCACGAGUUUAAAGAAACUAUGACCUGGCACAACCGAAGUAAAUGUACAGAAUUAUUAUCAAAGUGUCCACAGAAAGCUCGAGAUGUUUUCGAUAAAAUAAAGUUAUGCGAUAAAUUGAGUCGAGGAGACGAUGUGCAACUGACUGAAUGCAUACCAUACCUGCGUCCAGAUAAAGACGAUUUGUGUCAACCAAAAAAAGUAUCGCCCUGGUUGUAUCACGCAGCUGUUGAAAUUAACUCUUUGUUAAAAUUUCAGUUUUCAUUGAACAAAAACUUAACUACAGAUUGUCAACACGCGCUCACAAACCAGCUUUGCUUCUCUGGUUUGCAGUGUCACACUGACGAAGAUAUAUCGAGUUAUGUAGCAAGCAUGAAAAGUAAAUGCGAAAAUACAAUGAAAGUAUGUGAGAAGCAAGUGUUAAGUGCUGGAAUUAAAGAUUUGUUUUUAAAAUGUGAACGAUAUUCGUAAAUUGUAUUCGCAGAAAAGAACCGACUGGCAUUAAUUGUAUAAACACGAUACAUCAAAAUUAUAUCGAUAAAAUAAAUCGUCAAAACGAUUGGAGGUAACAUUAUAACGAUAUAAUGUGGUAUGAUAAAUUAUUGUAAGUUAAUAUGUAAGGUUUCUUAACAUCGUUUAUAUGCAACAUCUCUAUGGUUAACAUAAUCAUGAGAUUACUUUGCUCAA